AUGCAAGACAGAGGCUGGACCAUCCCCGAGGAAGAGCGCAGAAAGCUCUCCUCCCUCAUCUCCGCAGCCAAAAGCCUCCUCGCAGGAGCCCCAGAGCCCGACGAGAACCUCUCCCUGGGAACCCUCGACUACCUCAGAAAGUACAAAAUAGACGUAGCACAAUAA